UGCGCAAAUUAAACUCAGAAACGCAGUUGCUGCUGUCACAGUUGCUCCUGGAUUCUACAUCGUCCGGAUCUCUUCUUCAAACAUGGAUGUGAAAGUGAUCGUAGUAUUCGCUCUGAUGGCGGUCGUCAUUCAUGCACCGGUUUCAAAUGCCAAGCCCAUCAGCCUGGUAGAGAGAUGUUGGUGCCGUUCCACAGUCAACACAGUCCCACAAAGAAGCAUUCGCGAGCUCAAGUUCCUCCACACACCCAACUGCCCCUUCCAAGUCAUUGCCAAACUGAAGAGCAACAAGGAAGUGUGCAUUAACCCAGAGACCAAGUGGCUGCAACAGUACCUGAAGAACGCCCUAAACAAAAUGAAAAAGGCUCAACAACAGUCGAACUAAGAAGUCUGGCAGAUGACCCGGGAAUCUGACAGCCCACCGUCACAGAUAUGUACCAUAUAGUCCUCUGGCAUGCUUGCUGAUCCAGCACUUAACCAGCCAAAAAUGCAUCCCCAGUAAAUGACUCAGCAAAAGACCACCAGUCCAUCAUCACCACCCAUGUAGUCUCCUCUGUUAGCGCCAAGUGCAAUUAUAUAUGUAUGACUGUGUUUUCUUUUUUACGUAUGAUAUGUAUAUACAAUGUUUUUUUUAUAUCGUCUUAAAAACAGUAAAGAGAUAUUUUUGGAGUCGUGUUUGCUCCUUUGUUUGUUGUGUUAUGUUGGGUUAGGCAGAACAGCAUUGAGAUAAUGAGGUAUUUUGGAGCAAACAUUCAAAACUCUGAAUAUAUAUUUUAAUCUUAGAUGCAAAACAAUAUGUGACUUCACAUUAGCAGGAAUGAAGUUCUGAAAAUUCAUAUGCAUGCAAGUUCUUUAACAAAAAACAAGAAGGGCAUUGAUUUUUACCUUGAUUUUUGUUAUAUAUUUACAUAGUUCAUAAUUUAGAUAUCUGUAGCAGCAUAAACUGCUUGUAAACUUUAUAUUCGGAAACUGGAAGGCAUUCGUGGGCCAAUAGAGAGUCUUUUGCAAUGUUCUGUUGGUACAAAAACAUAUAUUUCCUUAAUUGACCAAUCUGAGUGUGCGUAAAUCACUCAGCAGAAUUAUGACAUUAGAGAGAGUUGUGCUUCAAAACAAAGUUGUACAUCAAUUAACAAAGAAAAAAGAGGUUGGAGAAUUUACAGCCAAGUACCGAAAAAUGUUAGGCAUGACCUUUUAAAAAAGCAGUGUUAGUGGAACAUCUGAGGUAGACCUUGAAACAGAACUAAUUGACAUAAUUACUACCUAUAUAUAGAUAUAUAACAAUGCACUUUAUAAUCCCUUGUGACAUUUAUGGGAAAAAAUCUGAUUGAUGAUGUCCACUACAUAAUGAAUAGUUCUAGAGCCUAAAGUUUUCUGUGUUUAGACAUAGUUAUGACUGUAUUGCCAAAUUGAUUAAACAUUUGUAUCUUCAGCAUCAGAUUUUAUUAUUUUGAGUGGGUUUGUUUUUAAAUAUUUUGUGGAUUAUUUCACAUCUACGUUUAGGAAACAGUCAGAUUAUUCAUUUGAACUUUAACAAUAGCUGAAUAACUGACAUGUACAUCCCACUUUUCAUGUAAAUACAUUUUUAAAAAUCUAGCUAGCAUGAUUUGUGAUUUGAUAUCUGACUUUUGAAAUAGAGGCACAAAAAUAUUUCCCGAAAGCACAUCUCAAAAUCCUAUCAACAUUAGGGAUGCACCGAUAUAACAUUUUUAUGAAACUUUUUACCAAUAACCAUUUGUAUUUAAAAGCUGAACCGAUUUAUUGGCCGAUAAAUCUAAAUCCACAUUUUUUGAUAAUGUAAUAAUGUUCUCAUUAGAAUUUUAUGACAGACUUGCGCUGCACUUAAACUUAUUUUCGAUUACGAUAAUAUUAUACAGAUAUGGUGGUUGAUAGCUUGCAUCCCCAAUUUUGAACACAACUGUUUGGUCUAGGAAUACACAUAACGUGAACACCACACAAUUAGCAAAGUAUGUCAAUGCCUUGUGCCUCUCCAAUGAAAAUUAGAGUAUGGAAUUUGUCUGUUACUACUGCCAAUUUCAUAAUGUUGAGCAGUAAAAAGCACCAGGCCUCAUUUACAAACACAACCCCGGGGCACAAAAUCUAUAAGGAAACUUAAUGCCUACUCUGUGCUUCCACUGGAGCCUGUGUGCUGGGCAAAGGGUUAGAGCCCCACGCUAGAAAGCUGCAUUCCUAUCAACAUGGAGGGGAAAGAUAUCUUGCAAAAAUAUAAAAAAAAUAAAAUAAAAAAAAAGAUAUUUCUGAAUGUGUUUUUUUUUUCUUUUAAAAAACAUGCCCCAAUGUAGUGAUGGCAUUAAAUUUUUCUUAAACAUUCCAUCAAGUUGUCUAUUUUCAACACUGUAUAGUUAACUGUAGCAUAUCCUGUCCUUCCAUUCUUUUUCCCACUUAAUGUGAAGAUUACUUCUAUGUAUAUGGCAGCUUAUGACAGCAUAAAGCACAUCUGUUGUUAUUUCUUUUGUGAGUCUGUACAUUGGUUUGAGUUAGUCCCUAAGUGUUUCUUUUGAAAUAAAU